GGAGGUGGGCCAGGCCUCGGGGGCGGGAAGAGCCCGUCCCAGGUCACCCCGAAAGGGCGGGCCAGGGCUCACCCCGGAAGGGUGGGUGUCCGGGUCGCCCCGAGAGGACUCAUCCCCCCAGUCCGCGCCUAGCUCACCCGGCGGAGCAGGCUGUUCUGCCCGCCUCCAGCCUGGUGACUCAGCACCCGCACCCAGAGCAACCGGACUUUUGCCCUUUGACCGCUCCCAAGGCUCUGCCAGUGUCCUGUUGGAUCCCUCCCGGCCUCCCUACAACGCCAGCCCAGGAUGCAGGGAGCCGCGGCCCCCAGGGGCCAAGGCCGAUCCCCCAGCAAGAAGGACACUCUGGGUCUGCCCUGGGUAGUUCCACUCACCUACGUGCUGGCCGCCCUGGAGCUCACCUGCCUCUUCAUGCAGUUCUCCAUCCUGCCAUAUUUGUCCCGGAGCCUGGGCCUGGAUUCCGUCGCCUUUGGCUACCUGCAGACGACCUUCGGGGUGCUUCAGCUGCUGGGCGGGCCGGUGUUUGGCAGGUUCGCAGACCAGCACGGGGCGCGCGCAGCGCUCUCGCUGUCCUUCGUGGCGGCCUCGGCUCUGUACCUGCUCCUGGCGGCCGCCUGCAGCCCAGCCCUGCCCGGCGUCUUCCUGCUCUUCGCCUCCCGCCUGCCUGGAGCCUUCAUGCACACGCUGCCGGCCGCCCAGAUGGUCAUCACCGACCUGUCGGCGCCGGCCGAGCGGCCCGCGGCCCUGGGACGACUGGGGCUGUGCUUCGGCGUCGGUGUCAUCCUCGGCUCCCUGCUCGGCGGGACCCUGAACACCGCGUGCGGGGUCCACUGUCCAGCCAUCGUGGCACUUGUGGCCAACCUCCUGGGAGCCAUCAUCAGUGUCACCUGCAUCCCGGCCAGCACCAAAGGGGCCACUGUUGAUAUCCAGGCUGCUCCCCCAGGUGGGCCCCAGGCCAGUGUGUUCGACCUGAAGGCCAUCAGCCGCCUGCUCCUGCUGCCCGGCAUCUUGCCAGUGUUCCUCAUCAAGGUGGUCUCUGGCUUCCCCUCAGGUCUCUUCAUGAUCAUGUUCUCCAUCAUCUCCAUGGACUUCUUCCAGCUGGAGCCUUCCCAGGCUGGCUACCUCAUGUCCUUCUUCGGGGUCCUGCAGAUGGUAGGUGGGGCCCGGCACAGCGCUGGGUGCCUCUCGAGGGGCCUCCUCCCGAACGUGGUCACCGACAGCAUGCUGACCAAGGCUGUCUCGGCCUCAGACACAGGGACCAUGCUGGGCCUCUGUGCCUCUGUGCAGCCACUGACCCGCACCUUGGGGCCCACUCUGGGUGGCCUCCUGUACCGCAGCUUUGGCGUCCCCAUCUUUGGCCAUGUGCAGUUUGCUGUCAACUUCUUCCUCCUCCUGGUCCUCUGGAGGAAGCCCAUGACACACAAAAGGGACAAAGCCUGGUGACC